AUGUCCUCUUUCUUUUUCUCCACACCCGUCGAUAUCGACAUCUUGCUAGAAGACGGCGAUGAGCGGGAAACGGUCGACAUCAAGCUCGAGAAGAACCGGCGGGAGAAGGCUCCGUUGUACCUUGACGGGGAGUCAGUGAAGGGUGCUGUCACAGUCAGGCCAAAGGAUGGCAAACGACUGGAGCAUACAGGCAUCAAGGUGCAGUUCAUCGGCAUGAUUGCCUUCCCCUUGCCCAAAGAAGGAUAA